GAAAAAGCAAACGUUUACGUUUUGUGUGUGGCCCCGAAUAUUUUUUCCGCCGUUCCGUGGUAAAACCGUGGUGCCGAAAUAAAGGAUGUCGCGGCAAAACACACGCUUGGAUACGAAGAAAGUGUGGUAAAUUCUAAUUCCCGGAAGUGUGCGUGUGCGUAUGUGUAUGUGUGUAUGUGUGUAUGUGUGGAUUUCGUGUGCAUCCUGCCAAAGGGGGUCCUCCAGCAUAGCAGGCGGCUGAGUUGGCUUCCAGUGUGGGUCGCAGGAUCUGGAAUGAUCUGGAGCGGGACCAGCGGGAGGAGCGGUCGAUGCCAGAAACCAGCCAUUCUAAUCACAGCAACGUGCGGGCAGUAGAGGCUAGCGGGUUUUCCGGCCUUCAGUAAAAGAACUGUUACAAACAAUGAUAAGCAUGAACAACAGCGCAACGAUUGCGAACGGUUACAGCGGAGUGACGCUGUCCGAUCUGAAUGGUGCGACGACGACAACGGCGACGGCACCCGGGACCACCGGCGGCGGUAUUCAGCUGGUGCAGCUCGGUCAGAUGAUGCCGGAUGGGACUACGCAGCAAAUAUUCGUGCCCAACUUGCAGCAGCUGAACGCUGGUGGACAGCAAUCGAUACAGGUCAUUCCGAUCGGAUCCUUUCCCCAACAAACGAUGACCGUGGCACCGGCGGGUACUGCGGCUGGAACCACAAUACAAGCGGCGGCCGCUGCACCGCAGCAGCAACAGUACAUACAGUAUUCGCUUGAUGGUGGGCAAACGUAUGUGUACCAGGCAAUCGCUGCCCCGGAACAAACUUACCAGAAUGUUAGUCUUCCGAUCGUUCAGCUGCCGGCCGGACAAACGCUCGGUGCUCCAGGGACAGCGCUUACCUUUGCGCCCGCCGUUAACCACGCGAUGGCUUCGAUGCAGCAGGCCACCGCCAAUACCACCACCAUUGAUGCUAGCGCGCUACAAAACAUUAUAACGGCUCCGGUCACGAUAGCGUCACCCUAUCAAACGGCCGCCUCAGUUCAGGACGGUCAUAAACCUGACGCGGUUUCACACGCUGUAAGCCCCACCCUGGCAACGCAGCAGCAGCAUCAGCAGCACCACCAGCACCAGCAACAGCAACAACAGCAGGCCAUAUUCCAAACGGCAACCGUUUCUCUAGCUAGUCCAGAGCAAAGCGCAGUUAGUACCGUUACCAUACCAACGCCACAGGUUGCUGUACCUUCGGGGAGCGCAACGGCAGUCACGGCGACUGUGAUCCAACCAACUGAGCUGGACACGGACCAGGAACCGCUGUAUGUGAACGCGAAGCAGUACAACCGAAUACUUAAGCGAAGGCAGGCCCGGGCUAAGCUAGAGGCCAUGGGCAAAAUACCGAAGGUGCGGCCAAAGUAUCUUCACGAAUCGCGCCACCGGCAUGCCAUGAAUCGGGUACGAGGCGAAGGAGGCCGUUUCCAUACCUUCGAUCAAGAGUCGAAAUCGUGAACGGCGCUCGCUCGACGCAGAUGAAAGACGAAGUCCAAAGACCCCUCAUCCCUUAUCACAUCCCACACCAUCUGGUGCCACCCGGACUGAGCAAACAUGGAACAGUGGUAGAACAGAGCUUCGCGACGUGGCACAUGACCGGGCGUGGCCAUCGUUCGCGAUCAGAACGAACGCAUUGUACAUAGUAGCGUACGCGAGACCCGAUUUAUCUUUUAAAGCACACUGUAAGACACCGGUAUCAAGGAAAACCCCAAUAAAAUCCUAAUCGACAGCGAUUCUACAAGCGAACAAGCUGCAGUGAUAGCAACGUCACA